GCCCUUGAAAUGACCUCAAAGCGCUCACAGCUGUUAACCAUUACGUAGACAAAUAGAACUUGUCAUUUUUUUUCUGGCUUUCAACCUGUUACCCUCUAAAGAGUGAACUUGGCCUCUGUUCUUGUUCAAAUGGAAAAGGAAACCAUGGACUCGAAGAAACAAAGUUACUGUCUAUAAUAAAAAAAAGUCCCAUAAGCUCUCGGUUAACCCUCCUAUCCCAAAAUCAAUGAUUUGUGGCUAAGUAAAACGGAUAAUCUUAUUACAUUCUUUAGUGCUGAUUGACAUAACAUGCUCAAAAUUCCGGAAACAAUGUCAGUAGAGAAAUUUAAUUUGCCAGAUUCCUCAUAUGGGGAUGAAAUUGAUUAUUAUGUUGUGUCACCAACAAUAUUGCAGUUAGAUCACCAAGAAAUCAUCGAAACAGACCAUUCAUCUGACAAUCCUCUAUUGAAUGGUGAUUCGGUAACUCAGACAGCCACUACUAAUUCCAAUCUCGGUACGUAUUGAGCUAUCUUUCAACUGUUUAUAUUGGAAUUUCUGUGUUGUGUGUUGGUGGAUAGGUUAAUCCAAGCAGAACUAUACAUAAAUGGAAUAUUAUUUUACGUUAAAAACUGUUCAACAGAUAAAUGUUACCAUGUGAUCUAAAUGUGCCGUGACAACCAUUUAUUUACGGCAGGUACUAGCUCCAAGCAUAGUUAAAAUACUGACCUAAUAGUCCUUAACUCUGAUUCAACAAUGAACUCAGAUGAACCUUGUUUUUAUCAAUUAUUUUUGAAGAGGAUCAAUAAAGGACUAGUUUUUCUGGAGUUUACCUUUGGAUUCUGGACUUGCAACGAUGAAAAUACAUGUCUAGACCUUACUGGAUUCAGAAAAGUCACAGUAGACAGACUUAUUUGGACUGGGUUUGAAUUUAAAAUACAAGGAGGUAAAUUUAAAGCGAAACUAACAAAGUACCUAGUGAACAUUGAAGUGAUUUUCACAUUAAGAUACCAUAACAUAAUCUACAAACAAGAAACAGCAAUGGUUUCUGUAAUCGACCUAGACCAAAAGGCAAGAAGGGUUAAAGGAUUUCAAAAACUUGUACUUGUACUCAAAAACUCACUUUAGUGAGCCCCGGAAAUGAUGAAAAUCGAAAGUAACCUAGGUGUAGACUAACCAGGUGUCUAUGCAGCGACCAUAAGUAAUCGCAAGUAACGAAAUCAAAGAAAAUGAAAAAUCCAACAUUGCUUAAAUCCAUCAAAUAGACUAGGGUUAAAACGUACGCUAGUGAAACUGUAAUGGAAAGAUACAGCAUUUAUCCGCUUCCAAUCUGAACGAUUGAAAUGACAAAGACUGACGGAUAGUCUCUUUGGCCUCCAGCUACUUAUAAUACAACGACUUGAAAAAGUGAUUAAAAUUGGGUCUCCAAAUCUUAGCAAAGUUGUAAAAAUCGUCGUAGUUUUCUUCGAAUGUCACUCAGCACUUCAUGUCUGUACAAUUGAUCAAUGUCAUGUAUGUCAGGUCGUUCUUAGUGGAGAUCGGAUUCUAUCGACCAAGUUGCAAUGUGGCUACUAGCCUAGAUGAUUUGACAUCUCGUGAACUAUGUUGAGAUGAGAUGGUGGUAGAUGCUUGCUACGGGAAAAUUUGAAUUGGACGACGCAAGUAUGAAUACAAAGACCAUAGAUGGGGAUGUAUUUGACAACCAAAAUAAAUCGGAAUGACAUCUAAAUACAUUGAUUUUUAUAUGAUUUACACUGAUCACCAGUCAUAUUUGAAUACGUUAGACCAAGUAGUCCUUGUCAUUAAUUAGUCGAUAUCAAAUAGAAAUAUGAAAGAUAAUUGUCAACUCGAGGAAUUUAGGAAGAUAAAUAAGAAAAAACAAAUAUGGUUUAUGAUCUUUGAUUUAGGAUUAAAUAAAGAAGCUGACUAUCUAUUCUCAUUUGAAUUAGAUACUCAUACACUUCCAUUAGAAUUAUUGAAUAAAGAUUUAGAUGGUCCAGAUUUUAGUUGGACAGAUUUAUUGCCUGACUCCAAUGAAUUGGUAUCUUUGGACGAUAUUAAUCCUGAUAAUUUUUCAAAAUCUAAACAAAUUAAAGAUGAGAAAGUGAAGUUUACCAAUUGUCAAAGAAAAUUUUUGAUUAAUCAUUUUAAUUCAAUACCAAAAUUUUCAUAUCAAGAGAAAACUAUUCAACAACAAAAACUUUUAUAUUCAUCAUCAUCAUCAUCAAUUCAUAGUUCUCCAAGUUCUGUCAGUAACCAUCAUCAUCAUCAUGAUCGUCAUCACCACUUGUUCGAUUCGACCGAAAUUAAUAAUCAUUUAGACUCAUCCGAAAUUAAUGACUGUGAUAUGAAUGAUUCUUAUAAAACUACUAAGAUAAUUUGUCUAAAUAAUGAAGACUUACUAAAUAAUAAACCUGGAGAAUGCGUUAAGUUAACUUCAGAAGAAUGUAAAAUGCUCCAACAAAUCGGUUGUCACCUACCUAUCAAAUUUCCAUUAAGCCAAACUGAUGAAAAAGCAAUACGUACUGUCAGACGAAAAAUUCGUAAUAAACUCUCUGCUCAAGCUAGUCGUGCCAAACGUCAAAAGUAUGUUACUGACUUAGAACAUCGGUAUUCUAUGUGUACUGAAGAAAUCAAACAAUUACGUCGACAAGUAUAUGAAUUGGAAGAAGAUAAACGAAGCCUUACAUUACAUCUACGCAAAUUACGAUCUUAUAUCAAUAAAUUCAUGAACAAACAAAGUGAAAAGUCCUAUCUACCACUAUAUGUGAAUUCCAACAAUAUUCAUCAUAAUAAUGAUAACAAUAAUAAUAAGGUGACUGCUAAACAAGCCGCUAGAGCGGCAGCCGGUGGAACUAGUCUCUUGUUAAUGACAUUUAUGAUAUUGAUGUGGACUGCUGUAAUUCCAAUUCCAUCGGUUAUAAAGACGUUAGAUACUGCAUCAUCGAUGUCUUCAAUAAAUUUGUUCAGUUCAUUUCCAGGUCGGUCUCGAAUGUUGAUGAGUAUUAACAACCCUUCAGAAUUAUAUUCUUCCUCGUCAUCUUCUUCUCAAGACCUAAUUGUUAAUGAAUCAAAAACACUUUUAUCCGAUCCGGAUAAAAUUGUGAAUUCAAUUCAAUAUACUGUUCCAAUUAGUCAGUUUGUUACACCAGUUAUUACUGAACAAUAAUGAACAAUGUAUUAGAUAUUAAUUUAACCUUUACAACUAUACUAUUACACUAUGACUAUUCAUUCACAUACAGUCCACAAAUAAAGAAUCAAUAUUUUUAAACAAUAAAUUUUUGCGUUAAUCAUAAAUCAUUUCAGUGAAGAAAAAACAGUUUCACAGAAUUAUACAAUCAAUGAUACUUUC